CGCAUCUGACUAGGAUAGAGGGAGAGAGAAAGCCUCACACAGAGGGGCGGAUAUUUAUAGCCUAAAGCGAAGCUGCGGCACACAGAUAAGGCUUGGGACCAAGCCGCAGAGAGGGCUUACAGGGAACACGACGGGAAAAACAGGACACGGCGAAAUGAAGCAGUUCCUUUCGGUACUUUUCCUCGGGGCCGCGGCGGUGGUUCUGGUGAGCGCAGCCGGUUCCGACGGUGAGAUCUCCUUCGAGUACCACCGCUAUGAGGAGCUGCGGAAGGCGCUGGUGUCGGUGUGGCUGCAGUGUCCGACCAUCACCCGCAUCUACACCAUCGGGGAGAGCUUCGAAGGCCGCGAACUGCUGGUGCUGGAGAUGUCCGACAACCCCGGGACGCACGAACCUGGAGAGCCUGAGUUUAAGUACAUCGCCAACAUGCACGGCAAUGAGGCGGUGGGCAGAGAGCUGCUCAUCUACCUGGCCCAGUACCUGUGCAACCAGUACCAGCAAGGCAACGAGACCAUCAUCGACCUCAUCCAUAACACCCGCAUCCAUCUCAUGCCCUCCAUGAACCCAGACGGCUUUGAGAAGGCGGCUUCACAGCCUGGAGAGAUCAAGGACUGGUUCGUGGGCCGCAGUAACGCACAGGGGGUGGAUCUGAACCGUAACUUCCCUGAUCUGGACCGGAUCAUCUACAUCAACGAACGGGAGGGAGGAGCCAACAAUCACCUGUUACAGAACAUGAAGAAGGCUGUGGAUGAGAACACUAAGCUGGCUCCUGAGACCAAGGCUGUCGUCCACUGGAUCAUGGAUAUCCCCUUUGUCCUCUCAGCUAACCUGCAUGGAGGAGACGUGGUGGCCAAUUAUCCAUAUGAUGAAACCCGCACUGGCUCCACCCACGAGUACAGCGCCAGUCCAGAUGAUGUGAUGUUUAAGUCUCUGGCGAGGGCUUACUCCAUUUACAACCCAGUUAUGUCGGACCCUCACCGACCCCCCUGCCGUAAGAACGACGACGACUCCAGCUUCAAAGAUGGCAUCACAAACGGAGGCGCCUGGUACAGUGUGCCAGGAGGAAUGCAGGAUUUCAACUACCUCAGCAGUAACUGUUUUGAGAUCACUCUGGAGCUCAGCUGUGACAAGUUCCCCAAUGAGGACACGCUGAAAACCUACUGGGAACAGAACCGCAACUCACUUGUUAACUACAUUGAACAGGUUCACCGUGGCGUCAAGGGCUUUGUACGUGACCUGCAGGGCAACCCUAUUUCCAAUGCCACCAUCUCUGUGGAGGGUAUCGACCAUGAUAUUACCACAGCCAAAGAUGGAGACUACUGGCGCCUUCUGGCUCCAGGAAACUACAAAGUGGCAGCUUCUGCUCCAGGAUACCUGACUGUGAUCAAGAAGGUGGCUGUUCCCUACAGCCCUGCAACCAGGGUGGACUUUGAGCUGGAGUCUCUGAUGGAGAGGAAGGAGGAGGAGAGGGAGGAGCUGAUGGACUGGUGGAAGAUGAUGUCAGAGACACUGAACUUCUAACUGGCAACCGAUCGGACCGUCCGCACAUCGAUGUAAUAUAUUCAACAUUCUGUGUGCUCGUCCACUCUUAAAGGAUAUAUUGUCUCUUUUUUUUUGUUUUGUUCUCUUUCGAUUAUUAUUUCAAUUGAAUAUAUUGUUUAUUAAUGUUAAAAGUUUGCCUCAUACUCCUGUAAAUUGUUUGAAAACCCUGCAGACACACAAACUAACAAACUGACUGACAGACGCAGGCUGGAGGAAGUUGCUGGUCGUUCGAUUUGAUGGCAGUGAGAUCGAUGUUUAUUUCUGUGGUAUUGUGUUCUUUAUUGUACAUGUGAUUGAUAACCAUGGCACCCAUCUAUAUAACAAAAGACAGACUGAGUAACUGUUUGUAAAAGAGAUGUUUACAUCAUGACCACAUCACAUGGCUCUGUCCAUAAGAAAUCUCCAUUUUCCUGUUUUAAAUGUCUCUGUUUCUUCAGGCUUUAACACAAAUAACCGACACAAAUUCAAUAAAAAACAAUUGCACACUUACAAACACACACACACAUGCACACACAUAUAAUGACGGAUCCUCCCUCUCAUUAUUUCCUGUAUUAUAAUUAAAAAAAAUACAAACCUACGAUCAGGGACAUUAAAAACACUGUAAAACCACUGUAAACAUAAUAUUGUAAGCAAUCUAUACAGGCAAGCUCAUUCCCAGUAUGUUAUUGAUGUUGAGAUUUUUUUUUUUAACUGCAGCACAGCUUUGAUUUUAGCACAAAACGAUAUAUUAUACUGUAUUUAUGAACUAGAUAUAGCAAGAAAUGUGUUUUUUGUAACUUAAAAAAUCAAAGAAAACAAGGCCAUAACACCUGAGUCUGUCCACUUCAGUCUGCUAUCUGCCCAAAGCCAUUUCUUUUAAUGUGCACUACACAGGGAAUACUAUCGUAGCCUACAUAAGGAAGUGUGGUUGAUGUUUCCAAGGGUAAAAUAACGCUAGUCUUCUGAGUGGACACAGAACAUUUCGCUGACCGUAUGAAUGGAGUUCACCUGGUUUUAUUCCACAGAAAGGAUUUAUUGAAUGUAUAGAUAGAAACAGUUACAAAUGUAAAGAAUGAACUGAUCAAUAAAACCCCCUGUAUGUUGUCAAA